AUGGCGCGUCUCCUCAAACCGGACGCUGAAGGCUUUUCCUUCGCGGCGCAGCAGUUGCGACUUGGCCAGCUCGUUGCUUUCCCCACCGAAACUGUCUAUGGGCUUGGAGCCAACGCACUUAACUCUGAGGCCGUUCUGGCCAUUUUCGAAGCCAAGGCGCGGCCGCUAACAGACCCAUUAAUCGUGCACGUCCCCGCUCUGGACGACGCCGUGAAGCUCGUGGACAUGACGCCAACAGGUCGACAGGCUUUCGAAUGUCUGGGCAGAGCCUUCUGGCCUGGGCCGCUGACUCUCAUCGCUAAGGCUGUGCCAGAACUUCCACUGAUGCUGUCAGCCAACACUGGAUUUGUCGGACUCCGAUGCCCCAAACAUCCCAUCGCUCAGGCUCUUCUGAAGGAAGCUAAAGUGCCCGUGGCAGCUCCAAGUGCCAACCGAUUCGGCCACGUGUCGCCUACUACCGCCAAACACGUAAUGGACGACUUGGGGGCGUGCGAGAACUUGAGUGUCAUUGAAGCGACAGAAGAAGGCUGUUGCGAAGUCGGCAUUGAGUCGACAGUGGUGAAGAUUGUGCCCGAGGAGUGCAAGCUGAUUGUGUUCCGACGUGGAGGCGUGUCGGAGCAGGCUUUGAAGCUGGUACUGGAGGAUAACGCCGAGUUAUUAGGGGGCCAGUAUGAGGUGGUGACGAUCCAGAAGGAAGCCAAGAUGCAGACCAAGGAGGCUCAGCAGGCACCUGGACAGAUGAUCACACACUACGCUCCAGACGUGGAUACGUAUUUGUACCAAGCAGACGCAGCUGAGACGAUGGACGCGUCGAGGAAACAAGAUCUGAGUCGCUGGGUGGUUAUUGACUUCCACGGCAAGCUGAGCGACUUAAAGGACCGAGUAGGAGGAUAUCUCGAUCUCUCACCAACUGGAGACGUCGCCGAGGCCUCGCAGCGUAUCUUUGACUCGCUGCGAUGGUCUGAAAACGUGCAAGGCGUCGAGCGUGUGCUCAUUACGGGCGUUAGUUCGGAGACCCAUGAACAGGCUGCUGCACUGCACGAUCGCAUGUACCGAGCAGCAUCCGGCAAGCAACGCGCACUGCAGCUAUAG